UAUACUAUAAUCAGCGAAUUCGAUCCCAAGAUGAGUUAUCUUUAAGUCAGGUCGGCACAAUUGAGUAGAAUACAGCGAACAAUGACGUCACAGUGAAUAUUCUUGUGCCACUUCAAGCAACUGGUGUUUUCUAAUUAAAUAGGCAACAUUGAACGCAGGAACUCCUGAGAAUAAUUAGGCUCGCCUCACCAACAUGAACAGAACUCUGUUCUUGAAGUUGGGAACGAGAUGUCUAUCUCGUUGUCGAGGGGUUCUCCAGCACAAAAGCUGUUAUCCCAUUUGUUGUUGACACUAUCAGCGGUUGUCAUUCAGACUCUAAAAAAAUUGGAAUCACUGACAAGUUCCCACGUUCGUUAUGUCGUCCUUUUCAUAGUGACUGUACCUGAGUUGCCUUGUGAUAAAUCAUGAUAGGAGAGACUAAAACAAAUUCUUCGCUUGAUGAAUGUGGGGAAGGGGAGGAGGAGGAAGUUCAUAUUGGCAGAUUGAAAUAGACUAGUCAUCUCUCGUUUCACGAUCGCACAGGUGCAUACGAUAACCUGAUAAAACAGCCUAGAAGUGAACGUUAUUUGGAAACGUGCAACAAGAAGAUGACCCUGAGUGAGUCAAUACCGUUCUCGAAGGAUUUUUUAUUUCGACAAUUCUUCGAUGCAGUAUCAUGUACAUACACAUACCUGUUAGCUGACAUAACACAAAGACAAGCGGUGCUGAUCGAUCCUGUUAUCGAAUGGGCAGACAGAGAUGCUACGAUAAUAAAAGAAUUAAAUUUAGAAUUGAUCUAUGCCCUCAAUACUCAUAUGCAUGCGGAUCACAUAACGGGGACUGGAAAACUCAAGACGUUAGUACCAGGUUGUAAAUCAGUUAUAUCGAGGAGUAGUGGUGCGAGAGCGGAUCUACUUCUGGAUCCAGAAGAUCGAGUUCAAUUUGGGAGACACAUAUUGGUGGCCUGUCCUACCCCAGGUCAUACAGAAGGUUGUGUGACUUAUGUAUGCAAAGAACAAGGAAUUGCGUUCACUGGUGAUACGCUCUUGAUUCGCGGUUGCGGACGAACGGAUUUUCAGGGUGGCUCGCCACGUGCUCUAUACAAUUCUGUGCACUCAGUAAUAUUUACCCUACCCGAAAAUUAUCGUCUGUAUCCAGCCCACGAUUAUUAUGGAAGAACAGUGACGACAGUUGCUGAGGAACGCGCCUACAAUCCGCGGUUGACGAAACCUCUGGAUGAAUUCGUCAGGAUCAUGGAGAAUCUUAAUCUAGCAUAUCCUAAAAUGAUUGAUAAAGCUGUACCGGCGAACAGAGUUUGUGGUAUUUAUGAGCUCAUGGAUAAAGAAGCAGAAGAGAAGAAGCACUGAGAUAUCCAUCAACGGUGUAUAAUAUUUUUGAAUCAUGUUGAGAAGAAAUAAAACUUUUUUGUAUAUAGUGAACUUUUCCUAAUCAGGAGUUUAUAAAUACGUAAAAUGAGAGAUGAAUAAAGUAAAUCAAAUUGUAAAUAAUUAAAGGUUAACAGCUACUGACUCUUAA